UUUGACGCGGCCAGCAUCGACGUGACAACCCAGUGCACCGAGUACGCGGGCCACGCGACCGAGAUUGGGCGCACGCUGGACCUUACGGCGUACGACUUUCUGGUGUGCGUCGGAGGGGACGGGCUCGCGUCCGAAGUCGUGCAGGGCCUCAUGCGGCGCCACGACUGGCACGACGCGAUUCGCCUCCCGUUCGGGCUCAUUCCGGGCGGCUCGGGCAAUGGCCUUACACAGUCGCUUACAAAGCUGCUCGGCGAAGCCUUCCAGCCUGAAAACUGCGCCUAUUUGAUCGUCAAGGGCGCGCCGCAGCCCAUCGACAUGAUGACGGCGCGCAACGCCGAGCAAGACACGUUCUACAGCUUCCUCUCGCUCGCAUGGGCGUUCGUCGCAGACGUCGACUUGGAGUCGGAGACGUACCGGUUCCUCGGCGGCGCGCGCUUCACGAUAGCGUCCGUGGCCAAGAUCCUCUCGUGGAAGCGCUGGCAUGGGACGCUUUCGUAUCUGCCGAUCGAGGUCGACGAGAGCAGCGAGAGCGGGUUCUGGGAAAGCAACCCGACACCGUCUGGGUCGGCCCCUCAGCUCGACCUUCUGCACGACAUCUCGGCGCCCGUGCCAACACAUUGGAGGACAAUCGAAGGACCUUACUCGUUCUUUUGGGCGACGAGUGCGGCUCUUCCGUCGUCUGACUGCCACCUCGCGCCCGGUGCGCACAUCAACGACGGCUAUAUCCACAUUAUUGCCGCGCCCGAGAACCUCUCGAUGGUGGCGCAAACCCAGCUCCUUUUGGGCCUCGAGACAGGCGCGCAUAUCGAGUACCCGUUUGUCCACGUCAUCAAAACCCGGGCCUACCAACUGCAGCGCACCGACACCAACUACGUUUCGAUUGACGGCGAGCGCCUCGGGGGCGAGACGAUCCAGGUGCAAAUGCACAAGGGCCUUGGGCGCGUCAUGUGCUUGCCGCUGCCGUCGCAAACGUAAUGGAAUCUGUAUUAGACAACGUGUCGUCUAGCGAGGUAAUCGUAUCUACUUGAAACGGAGCGCGACAAGCUCCUUGACGC